CUUGAAAUAUGCAACUAAUCUAGAUCAUGUCAUUUUAUAAGUCUUACCUGAGAAUCAUUCGGGUCACUUGCUCUUUCGCUUGCCUUUGGAGCUGCUAAUGAUGGCUUUCAUCAAUCAAAGAAGUUUCGCUACUAUUGUUUCACAAACAACUUCAAUGUCAACUUCUUCGACAGGUAACAAGCUUUCAUCUUUAUUUUUUGUAGACCCAUCUAAACCAACUUUCAUUAAUCCCAGAACUACUACACUAAAUUCAAAUCCCAAAUCUGAAGAUAUUAAUACCCACUUCUGUAAAUACAUAAGAACUACUUGCAGAGCAGGUCAUAUGAGUAUAGAACAAGCAAAAUCUUUGUUUGAUCAUAUGCUUAACUUGAACCCCACCCCACAUAUUGCAGCUUUCAAUUCUCUGUUGGUUGCUAUGGUAAAAAUUAAGCAAUUUCAUCAUGCUAUUUACUCAUAUAGAAGGUUAAAUAUUAGUGGGUUGAAUCCCAAUUUCUUAUCUCUGAAUGUUGUGUUGAACUGUUACUGUAGUUUGAAAUGGAGUAGUGCCGGUUUUUCGGUUUUAGGGUUGAUUAUGAAGAAGGGUUUUGAGGCGAAUGUGAUGACAAUGUCCUUUUUGGUUAAAGGGUUGUGUUUGGAGGAUAAAAUUGGUGAAGCUGUAGGGUUGUUUAGGAAGAUGUUGCAAUUGGGUUGUGAGCCAGAUGUGGUUACUAUUGGGAUUUUGAUCAAUGGGUUGUGUAGGACGGGGAAUGUCAAAGCUGCGUUGCGGUUGCAUCGAGAAAUGGGGACCGGAAAACUUGGUUAUAGUGUUGAACCCAAUUUAGUGUCUUAUAGUGCUCUUAUUGAUGGUCUUUGUAAAGAAGGGUUCGUCCGUAAGGCUAAAACAUUGUUCAUGGAAAUGAAACUUGAGGGAAUUUCUCCUGAUGUUGUUGUUUACAGUUCUUUGAUUGAUGGGUUUUGCCAUUUUGGGACUUGGAAAGAGGCUAAAGGACUUUUUAAAGAAAUGUUGGAUCAAGGGAUCCGACCUAAUGUGGUGACUUUUAAUGUGCUAAUGAACAAGCUUUGCAGAGAUGGCAAAGCGAAAGAAGCAAAAGACCUGUUAGAGUUGAUGAUGGAGAGAGGGGUGCUUCCUGAUACAAUCACAUAUAACUCAUUGAUAGAUGGCCUCUGUUUAGUUGGUAAUGUGGAUGAUGCCAGAGAAGUGUUUAAGUUAUUAGCAAGUAGUGGUUGUAAUUGUGAUGCAAUUAGCUAUAAUACUUUGAUUAAUGGGUAUUUUAGACACCGUGAUGCAGAUGAAGCAUUGAAGUUAUAUUCAGAUAUGGUUAACAAUGGAGUUCGCCCAACAAUUGUAACAAUGAAUACCUUGUUAACUGGUCUUCUUCGACAUGCACGAGUUGAGGAUGCGGGCCGGAUUUUUGAUGAGAUAGGAGAUCUUGGUCUCACACCAAAUUUAGUUACCUAUAAUAUAUAUUUGGAUGGGCUUUGCAAAAACAAUUACCUUCAAGAGGCAUUGGAACUCUUUCAUACCUUGGAAGCUCGUGGAUCAAAACUCAGCAUUAAAGCUUAUAACUGCCUCAUUGACGGGUUUUGUAAGGCAAAAAAUUUUGAAGUUGCAAACGAGCUGUUCUCUAAAUUAUCUUCUGUUGGUUUGCAACCAACUGUUGUAACCUAUGGAGCCAUGAUUCACGGGUUAUGCAUGGCAAGUAAAUUAGAAGAGGCUUAUGUUUAUUUUGAAGAAAUGGAAGGAAAAGGGUGUGUCCCUAAUGAUGUUAUAUUCAAUACACUAAUGCAUGGGUUCUGUAAGACAAAUGAGAGCAAGAGAGUGGUGGAGCUUCUUCAAGAAAUGAAGAAAAGAGGUCUUUCACCAGAUCUAUUCACUGCUUCCAUAGUGGUAAAUUUACUCUCUAAGACUGAAGAUCAUAAAGAGUUGCUUAAUAUGCUACCAACCUUUCCCAUGCAAGCUAUAACCAAAACAUCAACAUACAAGUCCUGACCAUCUGACUCGGCUGCAAAACUGUCUCUCUUCCUUUUUUCACUGAAAGUGAGACUUGUCUGACUAUUGAGUCGCUGCUCUCUCUUGCAGACUUGAGCCUAUUUAGUAGUAUUUUCAACAAAUGGCCAUGGCCCCACUACCCACUUGCGGAACAGAACAGCUCACUCUACUUGCAAUAGUUGGGCUUGAACUCUCAGUGAUAUACACUGUAUGUAUUGUGUAUUUAUAUACACAAACAUGCGCAUCACAUUCACAGACAAUAUGGCCAGAGUUGAUCCGCUGGUAUUUGGUAGCUUUCACCUCUACGUUCGGAAGACAUUGUCACUAUAUGUACAAAGGGGCUUUAUGCUAUAAAGAUAGAUACCAAGAUUCCAGAACAAGACAAAGUGACAAGCAGCACAAUUAACAACCUCAUUUGGAAGCAUUUCGGCUCCUUCGGACAUUAGUUAAGCCAUUGGACUUACUAAGUGGUGAGCGACUCGAGCAAAAGAGAACAAUCGGAAGUUGCUUGUUUGACCUAAGUUGGCAUCAGAUGAUGUUAAGCUGUAUCAUUUGUCACUCUUGUAGGUGUGAUCUAGAAGUUGGAUGCGUGAAGUGGUGAUAUUGAUCAUAUAAGAAGUGUCGGUGAUGCUCUGGUGAUGGCUAUAUCCUACAGGCAUUAUGGUGGUGGUGAUUGUUUGGUGUGGCUUGUAUGAGCAGAGUUUACGUCACCCCGUCAAAGGAGUUUAAAUCUUCAUAACGCCAUAGCAGAGUCUAAAAACCGAAUGUCAGCAAAGCACUAAUGUCAGAAUUCAGUGUAGCUCUUAAUUUUCAUUACUUUCUUAUGCCUUUCAAUGGCUGAAUUUUAUUCUGAAGAAAUGGAUUCAGAAGAUCAUGUUCUAUUUGGCUGCAGCCUGCAUACGGUGCGAAGGAGAUGAUAAUGCUUGCCAUUGAAGAUUUGUGAAAUGUGAUUAUGUGAUGGUGGUUUGCGAUUUCGCGUCCAUGGAAAACAAAUCCUAAGUUGAGAAAGGUGGUAAUUAUCUGCAAGCUACAAGUUAUUUAGACUUGAAAGGAUCACUUCUUCUGCAUCAUUGGAGUUUUUCAUCUCAUUCCUUUUUUUUUUUUUUUUUUUUUUUUUGUUGAACAAUGGAGCAUAAUUAGAUAGCACUUAAAUGUGUAUAUUUGAUCUUGACGGCAUGUUUGGUUAGUGAUACUAAAUUGUGGUAAUGAUAAUGCUUUUUAGUGUAAGUUUGUGAAGACAUUUCAAUGUUAGCAUCCAUGGUACUGAAACUUGAUGUCAAAACAUGUGUUUUCCUUCACAAAUUUCCAUUACCACCCAUUACCACAUUCCGAAGUGGUAAUUGAUGGUAAUGAAAUUUUAGGAAGAAAAUAGUUUUUGGGGACAAAGUAGCAUUACGAUAGAGGUUGACAUGGGAAAUGCCUUCACAAAUUUGCACUAGAAACCAUUACCAUUACUACCAUUUAAUACCAUUAACCGAACGGGCCGUGAAUGUCUGUAUUUACCAUGCACUACAGUGCGUUGCUGUGAGCUUGAAACAGUGAAACAUUGUACUAACAGGAAUCAUCAAUGAAAAGGUUUUGUACAUUGAUUAGUUUGCAA